UAUGUCUGCCAAUUACAAUUACACGGUAUUAAUUUUCCGUUUGUAAUUAGCAAUACAGUUAUCGGUGUGUUUUUUUGGGAAAGUUUCAACAAAGUGUUUGGUAGUUGAAGAGUGAUUUUACAAGUUUAUUUCACUUCCUGCUCGAAUUACACAUCUGGUCAACUAAACCGUUUAUGGAGGGUAAAGGUUAUAUAAGAACAAACAGAUGUGGGCGAGGACUAGAUAUAUAACAGAAAAGUAACUCAAAAAUCAGAAAUUGACAUUUUUAUUAUGUUUCGUGGAUCCUAAAAACAGUUAAAAUAGAAUAAAACUGGAAUAAAAGUUUGACAAUUUGAAGAAAUGUCGAUGUAUGUGAAAAACACCGAAAUGUUAAGUGCCACCGUUAGGGGUGGCGAAUAGUAAAUGUAAUUUUUAAUAUGCUCCUUUAACAAUUCCUUCCAACAAACCUUUAUAGGAUUUUUCCUAAGUACAGUAAAUAUGCUUUUGUGUAAAGCUUUUGUAGCGUGCUCGUGUUUGUUUGCUGUUGCCAACUCUCAAACAGUGAAUGCUCGUCAGCCAUCCUUACCCAUAACUCCAGAAGCCGCUGGAACAAAUAUUUCGAAGAGCAUUGGUGCUACGAUGAAGAUACCAAUUGUUCUGAGAUGCCCAAUCUCAAACAAGGCUAAAAGAGCUUGUGCAAAAACUAUAAAGGGGUUCAAGUCAAAAUGGUAUUCAGGAGGGAGUUACUUGCAAAAGUUUUUUGAGCAGCUUAAAGCUUCAAAAUGCCCACAACUCAAAGAAGUGUGCGAUGAAAUGCUAUAUUCAAGAUUUUCAGAAUACUCCCGUCUCGUGUAUGCGUUUCAUUGCAAUCCUGAAAAAUUUAUAAAAGAAUGUGACCAAGUAAUUCCACCUGGGCGCCAAAUUCCUUCCGAUGACACAUGUGAUCACGUCAGAUACAAUAUGACGUCAUCGGAAUUCACUACGGAAGAACUUGUGAAACCAUGUAUGCAAGUUGCAAUGUAUGGAUCAAUUUCUGGUGGAUUUGGAUAUUAUCAUGAAGUAAUUGACGUAUAUGUGCCGUUCUGUGAUAUUUCAUGGUGCGGAUUUGAUGGCAAAACUAUUGAAGAAAGAGGACUUACCAGUUGGGAUUGCAUGACUCCAGGGUGCCGAACCAAUUUGGUGAUAUCUUCAGUCGUAUGUGCUUUAUUAGCCUUGGCAAUCAUUUUGGCAAACGUUACUGUUAUCAUCGUCUUUACAACAAGCCCAAAGUUAAGAAACAGCCAAGCAGUGUACAAAAUUUCAUUAGCAAUUGCAGAUUUAUUAGUGGGCGUGAUAGUAUUGCCGACCUUUGUUUCAACUCUUUUGCUGCUCUAUCAAUCUCCAGUUAAUAUGGGAGAUGUUUGGAAAAACAGUCCGCGAAACAGCGAAGGAACGUUGAGACGAAAUUCUGGAGGACGAUUCAAACAACGUACAUCGCCCGAGUAUAUUGACUUUGUUGGUUUUUUCACUAUAUUGUCUUUAAUAGUUUCUAUAUACACUCUCAUGAUAGCAAGCUUUGAUAGAUUCUUAGCAAUUUACCAACCUAUGCGAUAUGGUAGGCAUAAUGCUAAGAGACUUGCAAUAUGGGCAUCUUUGGGACUUUGGUCUGUCGCAAUAUUAUUUUCCGCUAUGCCAUUUUUUGUUCCUGAAAUGACAUAUGGAUUAGCAGCUUCUAUCAUGGUAGCAUCUCAAGAAACAUCUGCUCUUAUUCUAUACGCAGUUGUUGUAGUUAUUCCGCUAAUUGUUGUAUGGGUCACAACAAUUGCUACAUUCAUGUCCACCAAAAAGCACGCAAGGAGGCGACAAACGCUGACAAUUCGUCGCCAAAGCUCUGAUAACAGCACAAAGCCUGUUACAAGUAUGGAAACAAGAUUGGCUCGAACUCUUGCAUCGAUGGUUGGGAUAUUCACUUUAUGUUUAUUGCCUGCAGCUGUGAUAUUAAUUGUUCCACACUUUCUUGGGAAUCUGUAUCAUGAUUAUCCACGUGACUUUGACCCAAUGGCAAGCAAAAUUUUCAUAUCAACCGAGUUUGUAACAAUUCUCAUUCUUAUGACUAACAGCUUAUGGAAUUGUUUCAUAUACAACGCCAGAAGCGACGAUUUUAAAAAAGCUGCAAAACUGCUAUACUCCACACUGCUGCGAAAGUUAGGAUUUAACGUUAUAUGGAAAAGAACGCGGAGUUUUGCAACAUCAACAGUGCGUGGUAGGCGAUCUACUAUUAGUACUCAGUUGAUUCACGCAGGACCUUCAGAAAAGCGGUCUGGGCGCAGAAAGAGAAGUGCGGGGGAAGCAAAUGGAGUUACAUACGAUAGAAAAUUAUCUGAAACCAGCAUGACUUCGCCUGUCAAUAUAUACAGGUACACACCGGACAAGCUCGCAGACGAUAAAACGCAAAACGAUUUAGAUCAUAAAUCGAAAGAAAUGGUCAAGCAGGAAAAUAAUAACGUUCAGAAUGCAGAAUUAGAUAAAAAUGAUGAAGUGCAAAAGUGAAGGAACAAAUUCAUUGUUACUCGGGAAUAUCUGUUUGCUUGUCAUGCAAUGAAGAAUUUUCAUAUUUCAAAGCAAAAUGUAAUACUAAAUUGGUCUGACUUGACUGACUCUGACGAAGUUCACCUCGCGUUUUCAGUGGAGUUUGAUGAACCUUAUUUUGUGUAUCUGAUCAGGUGCCAAAUGGAAACCUAAAGUAGACACUCUAUGUGUGCACUCGGACUUUUCUAAUGUAUUCACAAAUUAAUAUUACAUAACAUUGGACCUGUCUUUAUGUACAUAAAAGUAAAAAUACAUUGCUUAUAAAUUAGAUUUCAGUAAAACUAUACUUUUAUUAUAUUUCAUUUAUAUGUUUUAAAAUGGUACUUUUUCAUUGUAGCCUAUAUGUUUCAGGUAUCAAUUUUUCGUCAUUAAUCGAACUGCUAUGAAACUAUUUGUCAUACUAUUUUGUCAUAAACAACAGUUGUCUCACGUCCAUAUGCUAUAGGUCAAGGUUGUGGAUAUCAUUCGAUGUCGAGUGAAACUUAUGGUCGACUUCAAAAAGUUCAAUAUGUAAACAAUUAUUUUUCUAAACAGAUCUUUCUUUAUAGGUGCCUGUUUCUAAGUAUAUGGUUGCAAAAGAUCAAAAAGAUUGGCACAACCAAGAUGGCUAAUUCUAAACAAUUUACUACGCUUCAGUUUUCUACAAAUACAUUCGCGCAAAAUCAUCAUAUUGUUCACAGUGUAAUGUUAUGAUCGUUACUUAAGCCAAUGAUAAAAAAUUUAUAUUUCAUAAUAUAUUUAUUAUGUAUAAGAUGCUGAUGAUAUUACUUUAUGGAAAAUUAUUCUUAUAAACGUUUCAAAUAUUGCUUCGUUUGCACUCCGUAAUUCUAUAAGUAUUUUAGUUAUUCGUGUUGAUUCAGAAACUGAAAGCAAGCAAUGAUUUUUGUCAAAAUACUGCAUUAAAAUAUUCACGCAAAUGUCAAGAUAAUCUCACUGUUGACAUAUAAACGCUGAAAGUGUUAUCAUAUUACGUUUAAUGUCAUAAUAGUGGUGGAAAUAUGAUCUAGAAUGUUUUCAAUUUAAACGAAAACUGGUUUAUGUGACUUUCAGUUUGAUCAUGUUUAAUUGAUAAACUGAUUAGAAGAAAUUCAUAUCUGAUUUCCAUUUGUUUGUUAAUUUUUACCGCCUUACCUCACCUUAUUCAAACACAUAACUGUGCAAGAAAAGUAAAUGUUUGAAAAAAGUGUAUGUAUUUUUGUAUAUGUAUGUAAGGUUUCCAAAUAUAAAUAUAACUAAUAAUAAGCUACACUCUAUUUCUAUAUGCGAAAUUAUUUCUAUCUGUAUGUUUUCCGGUUUAUCAACCAUUCUUUUCAACUUUACUUUCUAAGCACCUAAAACGUUUAAAUUUACUGAUAGAUUACAAGAAAACUUUAAAGUGUAAUAAGCUACAUUAUGUUCAGAAUGUCUCUAAAUGUAAUUUUAACAUAACUUUCAACGUGAUCACAGUUUUCUUUUGAAAUCAUCAUACAUUAACUGCCACAGAGCAGGUGCAAAUACUUCGUCAUUUUAUUUGUCGGCCUAUGAAUCAGAAGCAAUAGUUUUUGUUCGAUUUAAUAAAGCUUAUUCAUUUUACAUAGACAUACAGUUAUUACAAAUGAUGUUUCGAGAGUUGGCAAUCAUGUAUUUUCAGAAUGUAUUGAUUAUCACGAAAGUUUGCAAAACUCAUUUGUCACGAUAAAAAAUUUGGAAUAAAAAUUACGUUUAGGCUAAAUUGUAAGUUGCGAUCUACUGGGUGAUCCAAAUGUGAUAGCUAUUGAAAACAUUUAUCGGCAGUGCUACUACAUCUUUACAUCUGAAGACAUUAUCACUAAUAGUUCACAAAAUAUUUUCAUGAAUUGUUUUGUAAAUUUGAGGUAAAUUUUUCUACAGUAUGUUCAACUUCCUCUCCAAGUUUCAAUAAAGAUAUAUUACAUAAAUUUAA